AUGAUGAUGACGUCGCUUGCUCUUGCUGGCCUGCUCACCGGCGCGUCGGCGUUCUCGUCAUUGACGGGAUGCACUGGCGCUGACUUGGCGAACACAGCCGAAGAGUUCCUCCUCGCCGUGGAUUGGGGCAACGGUUGGGGCUCCGUUAAGCACAUCGUGACCGACUCCGCCCCGUUCUUCGGCCAGGCCAAUUCGUUUUUGCCGUACAAUACGGUCGAGGACUACGCCACGUGGGUGGAAGAGCUCGUUGCUGUGAUGCCGGGCGCCAAGGACACAGAUUGGACGAUCGCCGUUAACGAAGCCAAGAGCGAGGUGCUCAUCUACGCCACCUGGGAGGGCUGCCACACCGCAGCUCUCGAAGGCUACCCAGACCCGCCCACCGGCAAGUGCACCAGCACCAACUUUGUGUACAAGAUCCACUUCAACGGCGCGUGCAUGAUCGACGGACUCCACAAGGUGUGGAACGAUGGCUGGUCGCUGGCCGAGUUGGGAUGGGCGUGA